UUUUCAGCAAAUACCAUUUUAAACCUGUGGAUGCAUAAAAAUUUGACAAUUUAUUCAGUACCCUUUCCCGGAAACGCUUCAGGGAGGCUAUGCAAGGUGCAAACUAUACAUUUUAUUUUACCGCUUUUUACGAGCAUUUAAAGGGUGUGAACUGUGAACACAACAUUAGUGCCAUUACAUUCACUUCCUGAAACAUUUUCCGCUCAUAUAGAAUUGGCCGCACGCAUAGUUGUGACGUAUAGCCUGGGCUACAUACUCUGUACUGUGCAUAGGUUUUUGCCAUAUGAAUGUGGAUGUAAAUUACAAAAGUAAGUUAAGAACAUCGUCGCACAUUCCGUUUUUAAAAACACGUCUACAGGUUGCCAUGGCAACAACGGAGUGUGACCCUAGUGGAUCCGGAGGACUCUCCAGGCAGAAUUCGGGAGUGGCGGGACCUUGGGAAUCGGACUUGAUUGCGGUGCAGCACAGUUUGAAGUUUGUGAAGAAGCUGGAAGAGCACUAUGUUUGUCCCACCUGUAAAGGAGUAGUUCUCAACCCACACCAAACUGGCUGCGGACACAUCUUCUGCUACCGCUGCAUCCAAGGGCUCCUGGAAAACUCCCCAGCCACCACCCCUGCCUGUCCUUUGGACAGAGGUUUGAUCAAAUCUGAUGAGGUUUUCCAAGACAAUUGCUGCAAAAGGGAGAUCUCAAAUUUAUUAGUCUACUGCACAAACUCCCCCAACUGCUCCCACAGAAUCACAUUAUGUCGGUUGCAGGAGCAUCUACAGGCAUGUCAGUUUGAGUCGUUGCCGUGUUCCAAUGCAGGCUGCAGUGAGAUCAUGCAACGUAAGGACCUGCAGGAGCACCUCAGAAUCAACUGCUCCUAUCGUAUGGAGCCCUGUCACUACUGCAAGCACCCUUACACAUGCUGCCAACUCGAGGACCAUGAGAGGCAUACAUGUCCAGAGGUUGAAAUCAAGUGCCCCAACAAAUGCUCCCAGAUGAUUAAAAGAUGUAUGCUUGAAGACCAUGCUGACCAGUGCCCUGAGGUGCAGACGGACUGUGUUUAUAAGAAAUAUGGCUGCUCUGUCCGGGAGAAGAGAGCCCAAGUUCAAGUUCACGAAGAAAACGCUCUCAAUUACCACAUCCUCCUGGUUCUGGGGAGCAACACCAAGCUGGAGACACAGAUGGAAAUCCUCCAGCAGGAGGUGCUGCUGAGGCACAAAGAGCUCCAGGAGAGGAGCCGCCAGGUCAGCGGUCUGGAGAAGGAGGUCCGCCCGCUUGCCCAGCAGGUCAGCCGAUGUGACAACACCCUGUCUGCAGUACAGAGGUCUUUGGAGGAGCAGAGGGACCACAUCUCCAGCGUCCAGCUCCAGCUUGAGGAGCUAUCCAGUGUGUUUGGCACUGGUGUGGCCCGGGAGGAACUGGGCCAAAUCAGAGCGUCCCUGGACGCCCUCAGACAGCAGGUGUCCGUCACAGAGGGGCUCAAAGACCACCUGGGAGAGUUGAAGGAGACCUACAUGCGCCACUCGCGCCUCCUCAGCAUCCACACAGCGCAGCUGGAGUGCAACGAGGAGCACUUCAGAGAGCUCGAGUCCACCUCGUACGACGGCAAGCUCAUCUGGAAGCUCCGCGACUACCGCAAGAGGAAGGAGGCCGGGGCUCAAGGCCAGGGACCGUGCCUGAGCAGCGCGCCCUUCCACACGAGCCGCAGUGGCUACAAAAUGGCCGCCAGGGCCUACCUGAACGGCGACGGGGCCGGCCGGGACACCCACCUGUCUCUCUACGUGGUCCUCAUGAGGGGUGACUUCGACCCCCUCCUGCCCUGGCCCUUCAGACAACCUGUGUCAUUGUCAGUGCUGGACCAGAGCGGCACCAACAACCACCUGACUAUGAGUUUCAAACCCGACCCAGAAAACACUAGCUUCCACCGGCCCGGCUCGGCCGCUGCAACCACCAACGUGGCCUCUGGUUUCCAGUGCUUUGCCUCGCAUGCCCAGCUGGAGACGCCCAAGAACGCCAUCUAUGUGAGAGACGAUACACUCUUUGUUAAGGUCAAAGUGGACACAAGCGGUUUGGAGGACUUGUAGAGGGGCCUUAAAGAACUGGUUGGAGAUCAUUUAAAAAAUAAUUAGCUAAUGCUACAAAGCUCAGUGCAGGCCAAUGCCUCAGCUGUACUCCAAAUUUAGCAAACAAAUACAGUGUCAGCAAGUCCAUGCAUUUUCCCCCCAGAUACUUAAACGAUAAAGCAAUACAGAUAUUGCAGUGAAUUGCUUUAGCCUUGUCUGCAGACUGCUUGUAUGUGUUCACUGAGGAUUCAAGUGUUAAUGCUCCCCACAGAUAUUAUAUUGAAUUAUAUUUUGGGGUUAAAGUCCUACAAUCAGAGAGCAUGCAAUCUAUUAAUUGUUAAUUCAUGACAACUCAGGGAUUUUAAUGGACAGCUGUUAAAUACACUUUAUAAUACCUUUACUGAAGAAGCCAAUAGACAGUACAUGUUGAAGGUUUAUAUAAAUUCGUAUACAUUAUUUUGAAAUUGAAAUGUUAUAAACGUUAAAAAUAUAUAAUGCUUAUUCAUGUAAGUUAUUAUAAAGUGUUACCAUUGAUGAGUGAAUUGUUUCAUGCUUUUUUCCUUCAAUUGAUUAAUGAAUUGUUACAUGCGUUUUUCCUUACAUUUUGUAGUUACAUGCAUAACAACAAUUAUGUGCAUCACAUCUCAUAUCCAGUCAGUAAAUAUGUAGACUGUGGUUGUGAGAUACCAUGAAUUUGUCCUACUAUGCGUUUAAUAGAGAUUUUUGUGCGGGGAACAAUCUUUAGUAACAUUUUCCUACGUACUGCAUCUGAAACCACUGUAGGAUGGACAUGAACCUCCACAAUGACUGUGUGUGGGUCCUUAUUUUUAUUAAUGUGUGUGUUAAUGGUAAAGAAACAUUAUGUGAGCUUUCAUGUAAAACAUUAUGGGAUGCCAAUGCAUAAUAAAGGAUAUUUCAGAUACA